AUGGGGCCCCGGCUCGGCGUCUGGCUGCUGCUGCCCACCGCCCUCCUGCUCCACGAGGAGAGCAGCCGGGCCGCCGCGAAGGGUGGGUGUGCUGGCUCUGGCUGCGGGAAAUGUGACUGCCAUGGCGUAAAGGGACAAAAGGGAGAAAGAGGUCUCCCAGGGUUACAAGGUGUCAUCGGGUUCCCGGGAAUGCAAGGACCUGAGGGGCCGCAGGGACCACCCGGACAGAAGGGUGACACCGGAGAACCAGGACUGCCAGGAACUAAAGGGACAAGAGGACCCCCAGGAGCAUCUGGUUACCCUGGAAACCCAGGACUUCCUGGUAUUCCUGGCCAAGAUGGUCCUCCGGGUCCCCCAGGUAUCCCAGGAUGCAACGGAACGAAGGGUGAGAGAGGGCCUAUGGGGCCUCCGGGUUUGCCUGGAUUCGCUGGAAAUCCCGGACCACCAGGGUUACCUGGAAUGAAGGGGGAUCCAGGUGAAAUACUUGGCCAUAUACCAGGGACCCUGUUGAAAGGUGAAAGAGGAUUUCCUGGACCCCCAGGAGCACCUGGUUCGCCGGGACUGCCAGGGCUGCAAGGUCCUGUUGGCCCCCCGGGAUUCACUGGACCACCAGGUCCCCCAGGCCCUCCUGGCCCUCCAGGUGAAAAGGGGCAAAUGGGCUUGAGUUUUCAAGGGCCGAAAGGUGACAAGGGUGAUCAAGGGGUCAGUGGGCCCCCGGGAGUCCCCGGACAAGCUCAAGUUCGAGAGAAAGGAGAGUAUGCUGCAAAAGGAGAGAAGGGCCAAAAGGGUGAACCUGGAUUUCAGGGGAUGCCAGGGGUUGGAGAGAAAGGUGAACCCGGAAAACCAGGACCCCGAGGAAAACCCGGAAAAGAUGGUGAAAAAGGAGAAAAAGGGAGUCUAGGGUUUCCGGGGGAUUCGGGGUACCCAGGACUCCCAGGCCGAGAGGGUUUAAAGGGAGACAAAGGUGAAGCAGGCCCUCCUGGCCCACCUGGAAUUGUGAUCGGCACAGGGCCCUUGGGAGAGAAGGGAGAGCGGGGGUACCCAGGGGCUCCAGGGUUGAAAGGGGAGCCAGGCCCCAAAGGCUUCCCAGGAAUACAAGGCCCACCAGGCCCUCCAGGCUUCCCAAUACCAGGGCUGAGUGGUCCCCCCGGCUUCCCUGGUGAAAGAGGAGAGAAAGGCGACCAGGGCUUGCCAGGCGUGUCCUUGCCCGGACCAGGUGGAAGGGAUGGGCUACGGGGCCCCCCUGGGCCCCCCGGCCCCCCUGGGCAGCCAGGCCACACAAAUGGAAUUGUGGAAUGCCAGCCCGGGCCGCCAGGUGACCAGGGUCCUCCCGGAAGUGCGGGGCAGCCGGGGUUGACAGGCGAAGUUGGAGAAAAAGGUCAAAAAGGAGAUAGUUGUCUCAUCUGUGACUCAACAGGACUUCGUGGGCCCCCAGGGCCACAGGGACCCCCUGGAGAAAUAGGUUUCCCAGGACAGCCAGGGGCCAAGGGCGACAGAGGUUUACCCGGCAGGGAUGGUCUUGAAGGAUUGCCUGGACCACAAGGUGUGCCAGGGCUGAUGGGCCAGCCAGGAGCCAAGGGCGAGCCUGGCGAGAUUUACUUCGAUAUUCGACUCAAGGGCGACAAAGGAGACCCAGGUUUCCCAGGCCAGCCCGGGAUGCCAGGCAGAGCAGGCUCUCCCGGAAGAGACGGCCAUCCGGGUCUGCCCGGCCCCAAAGGCUCCCCGGGUUCAGUAGGAUUAAAAGGAGAACGUGGCCCCCCGGGAGGAGUUGGAUUCCCCGGCAGCCGUGGUGACGUCGGCCCUCCUGGGCCUCCAGGGUUUGGCCCUAUUGGCCCCAUUGGUGACAAAGGACAGAUGGGCUUUCCGGGAAACCCCGGGUCCCCAGGCCUGCCAGGUCCCAAGGGUGAAGAAGGAAAAGUCACACCCUUACCCGGUCCCCCUGGAGCAACAGGACUUCCGGGGUCCCCCGGUUUCCAAGGGCCCCAAGGUGACCGAGGUUUUCCUGGAACCCCGGGAAGGCCGGGUCUCUCUGGAGAGAAGGGUUCAGUCGGCCAGCCUGGGAUUGGCUUUCCAGGACCUCCCGGCCCCAAAGGUGUUGAUGGUUUACCUGGAGACACUGGACCUCCUGGAAAUCCCGGUCGCCAAGGUUUUAAUGGCUUACCUGGCAACCCAGGUCCGCCUGGCCAAAAGGGCGAGCCUGGAGUUGGUCUGCCGGGACUCAAAGGUCUGCCAGGACUCCCUGGCAUCCCCGGCACCCCUGGAGAGAAGGGAAACGUCGGGGGACCAGGCGUUCCUGGAGAGCACGGCGCCAUCGGCCCUGCAGGCCUUCAGGGAAUCAGAGGUGACCCGGGACCUCCUGGAUUGCAAGGUCCCAAAGGAGCUUCCGGAGUCCCCGGAAUAGGCCCUCCUGGAGCUAUGGGACCCCCUGGAGGACAGGGACCCCCAGGGUCAUCAGGCCCCCCUGGAGUGAAAGGAGAGAAGGGCUUCCCCGGAUUCCCAGGCCUGGACAUGCCGGGCCCCAAAGGAGACAAAGGGCCUCAGGGGCUCCCCGGCCUGACGGGACAGUCGGGGCUGCCUGGUCUCCCUGGACAGCAGGGCACACCUGGACAGCCCGGGUUCCCAGGUCCCAAGGGAGAGAUGGGCGUCAUGGGGACCCCCGGGCAGCCCGGCUCGCCAGGACCAGCGGGUGUGCCAGGAUUGCCGGGUGAAAAAGGGGACCACGGCUUCCCGGGCAGCUCGGGACCCAGGGGAGACCCUGGCUUCAAGGGUGAUAAAGGAGAUGUGGGUCUUCCUGGCAAGCCGGGCUCCAUGGAUAAAGUGGACAUGGGCAGCAUGAAGGGCCAGAAGGGAGACCAAGGAGAAAAAGGACAAAUCGGCCCAACUGGUGAUAAAGGAUCCCGGGGAGAUCCUGGAACCCCAGGAGUGCCUGGAAAGGACGGUCAGGCAGGACAACCUGGGCAGCCAGGACCUAAAGGUGAUCCGGGCAUAAGUGGGACCCCAGGUGCUCCGGGACUUCCUGGACCCAAAGGAUCGGUUGGUGGAAUGGGCCUGCCAGGAAUACCUGGAGAAAAAGGUGUGCCUGGCCUCCCUGGCCUGCAGGGCAUCCCUGGCUCACCUGGAGAAAAGGGAGCAAAAGGAGAGAAAGGGCAGGCGGGUCUGCCUGGCAUUGGGAUUCCAGGACGGCCCGGGGAAAAGGGAGACCAAGGGGUAGCAGGUUUUCCAGGAAGCCCUGGAGAGAAGGGAGAGAAAGGAAGCAGUGGGAUCCCAGGGAUGCCCGGGUCUCCGGGCCCCAAAGGCUCACCAGGGAAUGUUGGCUAUCCAGGAAGCCCUGGGUUGCCUGGAGAAAAAGGUGACAAAGGCCUCCCGGGAUUGGAUGGCAUCCCUGGCAUCAAAGGAGAAGCAGGUCUUCCUGGGAAGCCUGGUCUCACGGGCCCGGCAGGCCAGAAAGGGGAGCCCGGCAGUGAUGGAUUCCCAGGGUCGGCAGGAGAGAAGGGUGAACCAGGUCUACCCGGAAGAGGAUUCCCAGGGUUUCCAGGGGCCAAAGGAGAGAAAGGUUCAAAGGGCGACGUGGGUUUCCCAGGCUUAGCUGGGAGCCCGGGAAUUCCUGGAUCCAAAGGAGAACAAGGAUUCAUGGGUCCUCCGGGGCCGCAGGGACAGCCGGGAUUGCCAGGCACUCCGGGCCACGCGGUGGAGGGGCGCAAAGGAGACCGGGGCCCACAGGGACAACCUGGCCUGCCAGGGCUUCCGGGACCCAUGGGGCCUCCAGGGCUCCCUGGGCUUGAUGGGCUGAAAGGUGACAAGGGAAACCCAGGCUGGCCGGGCACUCCUGGGGCUCCAGGGCCCAAGGGAGACCCAGGAUUCCAGGGCAUGCCGGGGGUCGGUGGCUCUCCAGGAGCUACAGGUGCUAAGGGUGAUAUGGGACCUCCAGGAGUUCCAGGGUUUCAAGGGCAGAAAGGCCUCCCUGGCCUUCAGGGAGUUAAAGGUGACCAAGGAGACCAAGGUUUCCCUGGAACUAAAGGUCUUCCUGGUCCCCCGGGCCCCCCGGGUCCAUACGACAUCAUCAAAGGGGAACCAGGGCUCCCUGGUCCUGAGGGUCCCGCAGGUCUGAAAGGGCUUCAGGGACCUCCAGGCCCUAAAGGACAACAAGGUGUGACAGGAUCUGUGGGCUUACCUGGGCCACCAGGUAUUCCCGGGUUUGAUGGGGCCCCUGGCCAGAAAGGAGAGACAGGACCCUUUGGACCUCCUGGUCCAAGAGGCUUCCCGGGUCCACCCGGCCCUGAUGGGUUGCCGGGAUCCAUGGGUCCCCCAGGCACCCCGUCUGUGGAUCACGGCUUCCUCGUGACCAGGCACAGUCAGACAACAGACGACCCCCAGUGUCCUCCUGGGACCAAAAUCCUGUACCACGGGUACUCUCUGCUCUACGUACAAGGCAAUGAGCGGGCGCACGGCCAGGACUUGGGCACGGCGGGCAGCUGUCUGCGCAAGUUUAGCACAAUGCCCUUCCUCUUCUGUAACAUCAACAACGUCUGCAACUUUGCCUCCCGAAAUGAUUACUCGUACUGGCUGUCCACCCCGGAGCCUAUGCCCAUGUCCAUGGCGCCCAUCACCGGGGAGGGCAUCAGGCCCUUCAUCAGCAGGUGUGCUGUGUGUGAGGCUCCGGCCAUGGUCAUGGCUGUGCACAGCCAAACCAUCCAGAUCCCGCAGUGCCCCAGCGGCUGGUCCUCGCUCUGGAUUGGCUACUCCUUUGUGAUGCACACCAGCGCCGGAGCCGAAGGUUCUGGCCAAGCCCUGGCCUCCCCUGGGUCCUGUCUGGAAGAGUUCAGAAGCGCCCCCUUCAUCGAGUGCCACGGCCGCGGGACUUGCAAUUACUAUGCAAACGCUUACAGCUUUUGGCUUGCCACGAUAGAAAGAAGCCAGAUGUUCAAGAAGCCCACGCCGUCCACCUUGAAGGCUGGAGAGCUGCGCACGCAUGUCAGUCGCUGUCAAGUGUGCAUGCGGAGAACAUAACGAAGCCGGCCCUCAGCUGCUUCACAACAUGGUGCUACUCCGCCCUCUUCCCUCCUUCUAACAGCAACGAACUCUAGAAAUAUAUCCUGUGUACCUCACUGUCCAGUAUGAAAACUGUAAGGUGCCUGAUAGGAAUCUGCAUAACUAACACACCCUGCUUCGUUGGCCUCUACUUGCUGAAGGAGAAUCCAAGACCACGAU